AUGGACGGGUCAGAGGUUAUGCAUCGUUUGUGGAAUCGCGAUCUUGCUGCUGUCCUGAACUUCCGACAUAUACUUAACAAUUUAAGAUAUGAUGGGACUAUACCUGUAAGUUUCACCCGCGUCAUUCGGAUUGGGCGUAUCAGAAGACAAGCAGAAGAAGAUCUCCAGGAGGGUCGUCGACCCACCCAAGCUACCGCUGAAUGGUUGAGGAACAGUCCAGUUCUUAGGUCGCGUGACUUGUGUAGAAACCAAAGGUUCAAGUUCGACCCUAACGUGUGUUUAUCUACUAUGGGAGGAGCACAAAGUUCAGAGAAUGGACACCAUGGAUUUCAUGUGUUAAAGGUCAAAAAAGAUUCACCGGCAUUCCAAGCAGGAAUUGAACAGUUCUUUGAUUAUAUUAUAAGCAUCCAGGGUACAUCACUGGAAGAUGGAAAUAGCAAAGAACUUGUUAGAAUCCUUCAAGAGAACGAAAAUAAGCCUGUUGUUAUGGGCAUCUACUCAAGCAAAAACCAAGCUGUUCGGGAUAUUACUCUCACACCCACCAAAGACUGGCCAAGUGAAGAUCCUAAUGAGAAGAGUCUAAUUGGUUGUUCCAUUCGAUAUUGUUCGUAUGAGCGCGCAGGGGAAAAUGUGUGGCAUGUUCUUGACAUUGCUCCCAAUUCACCUGCUGAAAUGGCAGGAAUAAUUGCACACUCUGACUACAUCAUUGGCAGCCCCCACAUGGCUCUGAAGAACGAAGAAGACUUUUAUCAAUUGGUCGAAGAAUUCGUCAACAAACCACUCCGGCUUUAUCUGUACAAUACUGAGUGGGACAGCUGUAGAGAGGUCAUUAUUGUUCCUAGUCAUGAGUGGGGAGGAGCUGGUUCUCUGGGUUGUGAUGUUGGAUAUGGACUAUUGCAUCGGAUCCCAAGAAGACAUUCUGAAUUGACUGCCAACGGUACGGAGGAUGGACAACAGACAGCAGAAAGAUAUUCCAGGGAAGGGGUGACAAACUACAGUAACGCUAUUUUCAGCUCGCCUGACGAUGAACUUGAGUCGCCUGUAUUGGUCCAUCACCACAACCAUAACCAUGAUCACGAUCACGAUCACGAUCACAGCCAUGACCAUAACCACAAACAUAACCACCACAACCAGGAAUCAACAUCUGUUAUCCUCAAGGCCCCGCCUAUAACCACUACAGACCCGAUUGUAAUUACUAGUGAUCCAGACUCUACCCAGCUUAGUAAACAUCUCAAUGAUGCCGUUUCUUCCAUGACAUCAUCUUCUAUAGAACCCCCUUCAGCAAACACUGAGUCGAAAAACGAUUCCAAAGAAUAAUAAUAAUAACAGCGAUAAUAAAGCAUAGUUAUAUAUAUCUUU